GUGUGAUGAAGCACGCGAGUGUCGCGGUGAUGACGCCCCGCGAUUAGUUAACGCGGGAUGAAUUAAGCAGUGUUCACUGCCUCGUCCAUCAUGCUUCAUUGAGCGACUCAGUGCGUCACGAGGCGUGUGUUUGGUAUUUAGUGUUAGGGCGCCGCGUGGAGGCCUUGAGGCGCGUGGGUCAUCACUCCACAGUAUAGCAGGGCGUUGUUCCUACCCCAGGAAGGACAGGCAGGCAGGCAGGCAGGCAGGGCGGGGCAGGGCGGGGCUGGGCCUGCCGGGCUGCUCCGAGGUCAGUAGGCGAGGUGAAGUACGCGUGUACUGCGGCGAAGGCGCCUCCCCGUGGAGGGGCGGGAAUGUAGGGUAAGAAGUGAGAGGGAGGCAGGCAGUGGGCGGGGCGGGCCUGGGCGGGGCGGGGCGUGCUGGCACUAGGCUGCCGCGGCCGCUGCCCGUCACACUCCGUCGCCCACGUCCAUGACCGACGGUCGCCAGCAGCGCGCCCCGACGCGGGAGCCUUGGUGCCGCGCCGCCCGCCCCGCCCCGCGCCCCACGCUCGCCGCGCCGCGCCCCGGAGAGUGAGGCACCAGCCGCAGGCCACGCAGCAGGAGGUGGCGGGCGUGCCGCGAGCGCCGCGCCCUGUAUGUGGCCGCCCCCCGCCGCUCCGCCACCGCCGCCACCGCCACCAUGUCCACGAGCGGCGCCAACAACCCGCCGGCGGCCACAGAGGCAGCGCCCUCCCCAGGCCCGCCGCCCCAGGCCCCGCCCAGUCCCUCGGGCCACUCAGCCGGCGAGGACGUGACCCCACCGCCAGGAGCCGUUACGGAGCUGCGGCUGGUGGACGGGGGCCGAGUGGUCACCCGCCUUGCGCCACACUCCCCUGCCUGCCCUCUGCUGCCCCGCGACGAUGGCUACCACUCCUCAGACUCCACGCCCAAGACCUCAGGUGAACGGCGAGUGGCAGGGGUGCUUCCCUUACCCAGGGGGCCUCUCACCACUACCUCUGAUGCAAGCGACGACAAAUUUCCCUCAGAGACAGACUCCGGGGUGGCCGAGAGCGUCCCCCUGGCUGCCGUGCCCCCCACCCUCACCCCGGGGGUCUGCCCAGUGCCCUCCCCCGCCGCGGGUGCACCUGGGGGCGUGCCUGAUGACGGAAGGGAAUCAUGGGGGAAGUCUAUGGAUUUUCUCCUCUCCAUCAUUGGCUUCGCGGUGGACUUGGCAAAUGUGUGGCGCUUCCCAUUCCUGUGUUAUCGCAAUGGAGGAGGCGCCUUUCUCCUACCCUACUUCCUGAUCACGGUGUUCGGCGCGCUGCCCCUCUUCUUCAUGGAGUUGGUGCUGGGCCAGUACAACAGACAGGGGCCCAUCACGGUCUGGAAAAUAUGUCCCUUCUUUAGAGGUGUCGGGUACUGCGCUGUACUGGUUGCCUACUUCGUCAGCUUCUACUACAACGUAAUAAUAGCCUGGUCCAUUUACUUCGUCUACGCCUCCUUUAGUUUCACCCUUCCCUGGACCUCCUGCAACAACUCCUGGAACACGGCGGACUGCUGGGACGGCCUGACUUCAGAGGAACCGCGUCCCAACAUCUCCAGGCUUAUGUCACCUUCCGAAGAGUAUUUCAAUUACGUGGUUCUUCAGCUGCAUAAGAGUGAUGGCUUUGACGACCUCGGCCCGCCCCAGCCUGGCCUCGUGGUGUGCGGCCUUAUUACUUAUUUUAUCCUCUACCUCUCCCUCUUCAAAGGUGUCAAGUCCUCAGGUAAGGUGGUGUGGGUGACGGCAACGAUGCCCUAUGUAAUUCUGACGCUGCUGCUGAUUCGAGGGGCGUUGCUACCUGGGGCGGCUGACGGGUUGCUCUAUUACAUUAAACCUUCCGUCUCAGCUCUGUCUGAUUCCAAGGUGUGGUACGAGGCAGCCGUGCAGGUGUUCUUCAGUGUUGGGGCAGGAUUCGGCGUGCAUCUGUCUUACGCCUCUUACAAUACGUUCAACAACAACUGCUACAGGGACUGCCUCAUCACUAGCCUUGUCAACGCCUUCACCAGCUUCUACUCAGGCCUGGUCAUCUUCACCUACCUGGGCUACAUGGCAUUCAAACAGAAGACCGAAAUUAGUGAGGUGGCUAUAGAUGGCCCCGGGUUGGUGUUCCAGGUGUAUCCGGAAGCCGUGGCGACUCUGCCAGGCUCCCAGAUCUGGUCCUGUCUCUUCUUUCUCAUGCUCAUCGCUCUCGGCCUUGACUCUGGGAUGGGCGGGCUAGAAUGCGUCAUCACGGGUCUUCUGGACGAGCUGAGGAAGACCUUCGGCAGACGGGUCAUCAGGAGAGAGGUCUUCACGGCGCUCGUGGUGGGGUCCUCCUUCCUUGUCUCCAUCACCAACUUCUGCCAGGGCGGGAUCUACGUGUUCCACUGGCUGGACACUUACUCUGCUGGCAUCUCCCUGCUGUGUUCGGCGCUGUUUGAGGCUGUGGCUGUGUCCUGGAUGUACGGUCUGAAGCGGUUCUGCGCAGACAUUCAACACAUGCUCGGGUUCAGGCCGCGGUUGUACUGGCGAGUGUGCUGGAAGUUCAUCUCUCCUCUCUUCAUCCUCAUCACUAUCAUCAUAGGGUUACGGAGCCAGAUGGCCAACCCUCUGGAGUACAGCGGACCGACAAAGUACCUGUAUCCGCGGUGGGCCGAGGCGGUGGGCUGGUGCAUCACGGCCUCCUCCAUGCUGAUGAUUCCUCUCUGGAUGGUGAUCAGCGUGGUGAGGCGACGCGGGUCCUUCAAAGAGAAACUGCUGCUGAGUCUGACGCCUGAGGAGGAGCACCAGAAGCUUCUCCAGACUGGUGAGGCGCCCUGUCUGGAGUGGAGUCACUGGCUCUAUAUCUAAGGAGGCCUCCAGUCACUCCUCCAGUCACCCAGUCACUUGUAUCUUCAUUUAGGAGUGACUUAGAAGCUGACAGUCCUUCAGUCAUUCAGUAUUCCAGUUUCUAUGAGUGGAGUCACGAAAGGAACCAGUCAGGAGCCUCCAAUCACUCCUCCAGUCACCCAGUCAGUUGUAUCUACAGUUAGGUGUGACUUAGAAGAGUACAUUCCUUCAGUCAUUCAAGAUUCCAGUCACCAAGAGGACUCCAAUCAUUUUCCAGUCAGUUAACAGUCAGUCACUGAAGAAGAUGGUUCCAGUCAUUCUCCAGUCAUUUUCCAGUCAGUUGGUGAGGAAAAACACGGUUCCAGUUAUCUACAAGUGUCCAGUCACUCUUCCAGUCACUAAGAGGACUCCAGUCAUUCUCCAGUCACUUAAGAGUCACUCAGUAAAGAAAAACAUUGUUCCAGUCACUCUAUCCAGUCACUAAGAGGACUCCAGUCAGUUUCCAGUGAAAGAACACAAUUUUCCAGUCACCUGCAAACCUCCAGUUACCUCAAGUUUAUCAGGCUCUCCCAAUCACUCACCAGUCACUCGCCAGUCACUCACCAGUCACCCGCCACUCACCCGCCAGUCAGUUCAAAAAAAACCUCCAGUCAAACGCAACACUCCUCAGUCACUCAGGCCUCCAGUCACCUCGAUGAUGGGCCUGGUCGAUGGAGCGGAAGGGAGCAGCUCGAUUGCAGGUCAGGGCACCUGAGAGUGAGGGCACGAAGCCAGCCGCAGGAGGAGACAAGUUGUAGGCUGCCUAGCGGGGCAUAAACUCUGUCACUGUAGGCAAUAUUGAUGUGGGAUGGAACCCACACAAACAUGAUAUUGAUGUCCCUGUCAUGACCUAAGACCAAGAAAGAUAGAACACGUCUUAGUAUGGCAGUACACUGUGGGUUGACACUUGAAAGGGCCUUGAGAGCAGACUGAGUCACGGAUGAUCAAUGCACUGAGACCACGCUGGCACAGAAGGUUCACUGCAUCCAGGAUGCUGCAAAGCUCGCAAAACGUGGGAGCAGAAGAAUCUGGAGGACGGCGGUGUCGUGUCAAAUUUCUUCUGGGUAGCAGACUACUACUACUUUUUUUUUUUUAUGUAGGAAGGACACUGGCCAAGGGCAACAAUCUAAUAAAAAAAAAUGCCCUACUACUACCACUACUACUACUACUACUACUACUACUACUACUACCACUA